AUGAAGGUCACCAAAGCCCAUCUGCGCAAAUGUAACUACUUCUUCCUCCCCGGUGUCCUGUUUAUCACGAUUUCAGUUAUACUGGGUCUCAGGUUCGGCAGACCUUCCACAACCAACAACGAUAACCCUUCUGGCCUUCCCGAGACGACCGUCGACCUCGGCUACGCUCAGUACGUCGGUAACACGCUGCCGGGAGGCACUCGACAGUAUCUCGGCGUCCGAUACGCUCUGCCGCCCACCGGCGACCGUAGAUGGCGUGCACCCGAAGAGCCACUCCCUAAUCAGGGGCGCCAGCAGGCCAAGGCGUACGGUGCCAUCUGCUAUCCCAUUGGCUUAGCUUAUCCGGCCGAUGGCCAUGACGAGGACUGCUUGUUUGCCAACAUAUGGGCGCCGAAUGUGGGAAAUUUGUCCGCGAAGCUGCCGGUAUGGGUCUUCAUACAAGGUGGAGGCUACUCGACUCUGGCCAGUUGGAACUGGAACGGUACGGAUGCCGUCGAAAAGUCAGGCGGCAAGUUCCUCUUCAUCAACUUCAACUACAGGGUUGGCCUCUUCGGCUUCCUCGCUGGCGGUGAUGUUGAAGCAGACGGCAAUCUCAACGUUGGCCUUCUCGACCAACGCCGCUUAUUGCAAUGGGUGCAAACUCACAUAUCCAAAUUCGGCGGUGACCCCAACCACGUCAUUAUCCAUGGCGGGCCGGCGCCGUCGGCCUUCUUCCCGGCGCAGCCUCACGUCAGUGACCUCGAGUACCAGUUCGAUCGCGUCCUCGAUGAAGUUGGCUGCCGCAGUGCCCAAGAUAAGAUGAAGUGCCUCCGCGGUACAUCCAUGGGAACCCUGCAACGUGCCAACGACAUAUCGCCCUUUCCCGGCAGAAUCCAUGCACCACACUUCUACUGGACCCCUUGCGUCGACGGUGACCUUCUGGUCGACUACCCCUCUGUGCUGUUCAAGACCGGCAACUUUGUGCAAGUACCCGUCCUCUUUGGCGUCUGCAAAGAUGAGGGCUCGGUCUUCGCUGACGAAGCCGAAAGCUCCGCCGACCAGACAUCCUACCUCCUCGACCAGUACCCGCACCUCAACGCUACGCAUCAGGACACACUCGCAUCCCUUUACCCCCGCCAGCCGCCCCUACCAAACCAUGCCCCCUACUUUCCUUCUCUUUCCCGGGCCUACGGCGAAGCAACCUUCUCCUGCCCUUCCACCUCGCUCCUGACCGCCUACGGCGCAUCAUCGUCUCCGGCCUGGGGCUAUCGAUUCGCCGUGCCAGAUGCAGACAACACAGCCGCCGGCCUCGGGAUACCUCACGUCUUUGACGCUCCCGCCGUCCUCGGUCCGGGCAUGCUCCCCACUGCCGCUUCGUACUACGCCUACAACGCGCCCGUCGUGCCGCUCGUCAUGGCCUACUUUGCCUCGUUUGUCCGCGCGCUCGAUCCUAACAGGCAUCGGACCGAGGGAGCUCCAGUUUGGGGCACGUGGGGAGCGAACGGGUCGAGGGUUGUUUUUGAAGGCGAGGGGAGGAUGAAGGUUGAAAAUGCUGCGGACAACGGCAUGGGCAAGAGGUGCGCUUUCUGGGACGAGGUGGCCGAGACGACAGAGCAGUAG